CGCUUCUCAUGGUCAGUUCGUGUUUAUGGUGGUGUUGAAGUGUUCUUCCCUGUGAAGUCAAAUAAACUGAAAAAAUGUGUGUAAUUAAUAACAAAAUGCAUAUAUAUAUAUAUGUAAAAAGUUAUUGUGCUACUAAAUUUACUCUAAUGCUCAACAGUAUGAGAUAAAGAGGCGUUAUGACCGUACCUCACUGUUUUAAUGUAAGUUAGGCCUACUUUUACAUUAUAGACUUAUUGAAUGUGUAUGGGCACAACUUCGAUCAUUUUUAUGUUAGACUUUAGCUCAGUAAAGCUGAUCGUGAAUAGUCUUUGUGGAGUCCUCCACCAAAAAAAUAAUAACUUCCUGCUUCCAAAAUCCACCACUGAUGCAUUUUACGUGCAGGUCGUAUCCUGAAGAAUGAGAAAGAAAUACAGAAUGGAUUUUAUUAGAAACCAUAACAUUAUGUGGCGAUUUGCUACUCUACCUCAAGAUUACGCAAUCUCGGUUUUCUUUUUGUGUCGCAGGUGUCAUAUUUAGGUUAUAACUUCAUAGGUUUGCCAUCAGCAGAGCAGGAAGCGCACAGUCAGUGUUGAUGUGGUUCCCCCCCACGGUGCAGCUGUCGGGAUCUCUCAGGUUCUGUCGCUCCUUCUCUCUAUGGUAAAUGUAACUUGUGUUCAAUCGACUUCCUGCUUUUGUCAUAUCUGAGACAACAGUCCAGUCCAGAUGUGUCUCAGAAUAUACAUUGAAAAUAAGAUGAGAACUGUACCCAGACAACUAAAUUACCAGAGUACAGUCCUUUCUUUUUAUGCGUUAAGCGAAGAAAAAAACUAUAUCUAUGAACGAUGCUUUUUAACUUUUCUUUAAAUACAAAUAUGUCAGUCAAUGUUCUAUGGUUGCAAAAAUCAUUUUGGAUCCAGUUCCUGCUCUCCAGCUUCAAGCAUGGAAGCCAUUCAGUAUUCUGAGUGCAAAGGGAGCUUUACCUGCGCCGUUCUCUGUGCUCUCUCUGCUGCAUCCUAUUUCUGAGCGUGUGUGUGUGUGCGUUUUAAGUGUACGUUUCGCAGCUGUACACCUGAUGUGACAUCCACCCAUCAUCCCCUCCCACUGGCUGCUCUCCCGGCUCAUUCCACAAACCUGUCACACUUCUCCGCCCCGCCAGCCUGUCAGUGGCGAGGGACGGUGGUGCGAGCGGAUGGGCACACUGAAGCCCCCCGAUCGGCAGAGGCUGCCGUGAAUACCAAAGCACGCCUCUGACACUGUUUUCCAUCCCUCCAUUUCUCUGUGGAGCAGCCCUCUCCUCCUGCUACCCACAGCCCUGCACCGCCUCACCAACUCCGUGUCCACUCCCCCUGUCUAACAGGGGUUUACACCUCUGCCUCCUCCUAUCUUGCAUUUUCUUCCUCCCUCCCGUGCGAGAAAAAACAGUCCAGUGACGGCGAAGGAAAUGAAUGAUGGAAGCAGGAGAAUGAAGGGUUGCGCAAUGUGAUUGCUGCAUAAUUCUUACAGUCUUGGAUCCAUCAGGGAAAAGCAGAGUUCCCUAAAUGGUCCCCAGAUGUUUAACGGCAUGGGCAUCCUUCUUCCUCCUACCUGGUUGAUCCUGUACGUGGAGACGCAUUGCGGUAACGAAAAGGGCGCGCAAACAAAGAUAGCGUUUUUUCAGAAUGAGCCGUGCCUCUCACUGGCAGGCACCAUGACUUGGCAGGCAUGUGUAAAGGCAGUGGAGAUGAGUCUGUGCUGAUGAUUCACCAAGAACGCCUCUUUCUACUCGCUGGCUGGUCGUGGUGCAAUGUCAGCAGCAGUCUGUAGGUUGCUGCUGGUGGAAAUGGACAGUGUAGUUCAGAGACACACACACACACACACACACACACACACCCUCUAGCUCAGAUACUCCUUCCCUCAGCUUAACUCCUAAUUGGUCUCUCUCCAACAGCGAUUCGUCCCUACAGCUGUUCACCCUUUUCGAGACAAGGUCAUCAUCCAAACAAUGCAUAUACAUGACGGUUAUCAUUCCUACAUCACGAGGAAUGAUAACCUCCUCUGCUGCUUCGCACACAUACUGCCCAUCUUUUUAGUUUGUCACAAUGUAUUUGUGAAACGCUGCACAUUGUUUAAGCUUUCAUGUCUCCAUGAACUUACAAAUAAAUGUUUCCUCUUGAAAAAGAACACUGAUCGCUGCAGUUGGAUGUAAACACUGUACAUUGCUUCUGGAGCUGUUUUGAUAACCGGACCAGUUUUAGAAAUGCCUCAGUUGCAGUUUAUAAUGGUGGAUCGGGUGGCAGCAAAUACGUCAGUUUCAUUUGCGUGACACAGGAAAAAAAAAACACGUGUUACUCACGACCUCAUCUGAUUUAUUUUUAUAUAUAUAAUCAUUCCUGCACUUAUGCUCUGGUUUCACUAGUAUGACAAAGUACAUCGGUGACUUGCGCAGUGAUGUUGAUGCAAUUGUUUUGGUAACUGUCUGAAUGUUUCCCCCCCUCUUGUCAUCCAAUAUCAUCGUCACUGUGAGCAAUUCCACCGACCUCCCCGUCUCAUAUAGCCGGGCCUAUCUCCAGAGUGCUGUGUCAGCGCGAAAGAAAGGUAAGGUGUUGAACACUGAUCUGCGUCACUACCUCAGCCUGCAGUUUCAGAAGGGCUCUCUGGACCACAAGCUCCAGCAGGUGAUCAGGGACAACCUGUACCUGCGCACCAUUCCCUGUACCACUCGGCAGCCCAGAGAGGGGGAGGUUCCUGGAGUGGACUAUAACUUCAUCGGUGUGGGGGAGUUCCGUGACCUGGAAGAAAGCGGACUGCUGCUGGAGAGUGGCACCUAUGACGGCAACUACUAUGGGACCCCGAAGCCCCCUGCAGAGCCCAGCCCCGUGCAGCCGGACUUGGUGGACCAAGUUCUGUUUGAUGAGGAAUUUGACACAGAAGUCCAGCGGAAACGCACUACGUCUGUCAGUAAGAUGGACAGAAAGGACAGCGUGGCGCCAGAGGAGGAAGAGGAAGAAGAGAGGCCUCCUAUGGUCAACGGCUUGGCUGAGCUCAAGGACAAGGCGGAGUGGAGGAAGACGGUGCCCAGCUACAACCAGUCGGCCGCGGCCAUGGACUUGCGUGUAUGGAACACACAGGACGAAGGUCAGGAGUCCUUGCCUAAGAAAUGGGAGACGGCCUACACCGAGACCGGAAUGGUUUAUUUCAUCGAUCACAACAGCAAGACCACGACCUGGCUGGACCCCCGCCUCGCCAAGAAGGCAAAGCCUCCCGAGAAAUGCGAGGAAGGAGAGCUGCCCUACGGCUGGGAGAAGAUUGAGGACCCGCAGUACGGCAUCUACUACGUAGACCACAUCAACCAGAAGACUCAGUUUGAGAAUCCAGUCCAGGAAGCGAAGAGAAAGUUGAGCGUUGACGCGCCGACUGCAGUCCUGCUGCCAGCAGCCACGCCCUCAGCAGAGGAGACUGGCAGGGGAGCGCGGGUCUUUACACGAGAUCCAUCUCAGCUGCAGGGCUCCAUCCUGCAGGCUGCACUCAGAAAAAGCCCCCAGGGCUUUGGGUUCACCAUUAUCGGAGGAGACCGACCCGACGAAUUCCUUCAGGUCAAAAACGUCCUUCUCGACGGGCCCGCCGCGCAUGACAACAAGAUCGCCUCAGGCGACGUGAUCGUGGACAUCAAUGGGGACUGUGUGCUGGGGAAGACUCACGCUGAUGUGGUGCAGAUGUUCCAGUCCAUCCCUAUCAACCAGUAUGUGGGCAUGGUCCUUUGCCGGGGCUACCCCCUGCCUGAGGACUCCAGCAGCAGUGAGGAGGCCUCGGGAGGCCUCGCCACAUCCAAGGACACUUCCCCUUCCCCCUCAACCUCAACACCACUGGAACCCCACCACACUGUCCCAGAUGGUGGAACCCUCCCCAGGCAGACUGCUGCCGUACCACCCAUGACCAAUGGCGGGCGCCACCACCACCACCAUCUUCACCAACACCUUCCUCACGCCCCCAACCAAGAAGGCCCUGACCCCACUCUGUUACAGCCAGAGCUGGUGGGCGUGCCCUUGGUAAAAGGCCCAGGGGGCUUCGGCUUCGCCAUCGCAGAUUGCCCCCUUGGCCAGAAGGUGAAGAUGAUCCUGGACGCCCAGUGGUGCCGCGGCCUGCUGAAGGGCGACGUCAUCAAGGAGAUCAACAGACAGAAUGUCCAGACGUUGAGCCACUCCCAGGUGGUGGACAUCCUUAAAGACCUCCCUGUAGGCAGCGAGGUCAACGUGCUGGUGCUGAGAGGAGGUCAGACAUCUCCUGUGAAAUCACUAAAACCCUGCACGGCUCCCAUGUCCCAGGGAUUAUCCCAGCCUUCUCCUCAACAGUCUCCCCAUCCCGCCCCCCAGCUGAUGCCCCAUCCAGGCUCCCAUCCCGCCCCCCAUGUGAUGCCCCAUCCAGCCUCCCAGCCCGUCGCACAGCUGCAACGGCAGGAGAUAAUUAACAGCACUGAGGCCCUCGGUCAGCCCGGGUUGGCCCCCAACCAGCAUCCUUUCCCUGCCAGCGCACUGCGCUCGUCUUCACCCAAACCUGACGCAUCGGAGCUCUACAUCAAGUCCAGGGCCUUGCUCGACAGCAAGCCUCCUAAUACGAAGGACCUGGAUGUAUUCAUCAAAAGAAACCAGGAGUCAGGAUUUGGCUUCAGAGUCCUCGGAGGCGAGGGGCCGGAUCAGCCGGUGUACAUUGGUGCCAUCGUGCCGCUCGGUGCAGCUGAGAAGGACGGCCGCCUGCGAGCAGGGGAUGAGCUCCUCUGUAUAGAUGGCGUGCCAGUCAAGGGCAAAUCCCACAAACAGGUGCUGGAGCUGAUGACCAACGCUGCCCGUAACGGUCAAGUCAUGCUCACCGUCCGCAGGAAACUGACACACUCAGAUGGCGAAGAGGAGGAGAGCGCUCAGCAGCCCCAGCAGGUGGCGUCCGCCCUGGUCAACAGCUCCCCCAAGGUGCCGCACGUCGAGGCUCCGAAUGCCGUCCAGCCGACUCCGAAUACCGUCCAGCCGGCUCCGUCCUCUCGGCCGGAGUGCUUUGACGUCACACUGCAGCGCAAAGACAACGAGGGCUUUGGCUUCGUUAUCCUGACGUCAAAGAACAAGCCCCCAGCUGGAGUUAUACCUCACAAGAUUGGCCGUGUUAUCGAGGGCAGCCCGACAGACCGUAUAGGUCAGAUGAAGGUGGGAGACCGUAUCUCCGCUGUCAACGGCCUGUCCAUCAUGGAGUUGUCGCACAACGAUAUUGUCCAGCUCAUCAAAGACGCCGGCAAUUGUGUCACCCUCACCGUUGUGCCUGAAGAUGACAGCACUCCUCCAUCUGCAACCAAUUCAGCCAAACAGAGCCCUUCCGCCCAACACAGAGCUAUGGGCCAGCAGCCUCCCAGCUAUCCAGACAGAAAUGGUGAUACUGAGAUGAGGAACUCUUUCCCACCAAGAGAGAUGGGACCUCUCACCCUGUCAGGCUCUAAGCAGGAUUGCUUUGUGGUGGAGCUGGACCGCAGCCAGUGGGGCUUCGGCUUCAGUCUGAGAGGAGGGAAAGAGUACAACAUGGGCCUGUUUAUCCUGCGACUGGCUGAGGACGGACCUGCUCUCAAAGAUGGCAGGAUACAUGUUGGAGAUCAGAUAGUGGAGAUCAACGGCGAGGCCACCCAGGGCAUCACGCACACUCGGGCAAUCGAGCUGAUCCAAGCGGGAGGCAGUAAAGUUCAUCUGCUGCUUCGGCCGGGCCAGGGCCUGGUCCCGGAUCACAGUUCAAAGGACAAAGUCAAUAAUUCAACCUCAAGAUUUCCCAAAAUUUCUGAAUCUGACGGGCACUCAUCUCCAGCCUCUCCAGCCUCUGUCUCCCUCUCUACCUCGGAACCGUCCCCAUCUUCACCCAAAAAAAACGUCCCUGAUGAGUUCUCUGGGGUGGACCCCAGGGCUUCUGGGUCCCCUGGCUCUGGGCCGGAGCACAGUAGGCAGGGGAACAGAUCAAGAGGACAACAGCUCACUGAACACAACCAUAAGCGAACCCCCAGCCCUGGCACCCAGAAAACAAGCAGGAGUGACUCCAAGUUUGCUAGUCUCAAUAGAGCCACUGAUGGACCCGCAGAUUAUAAAGAGCGCUCUCAGAGCCCGCGAAAAACUGAGCGAAGCCACAGCGGAUCCCUGGAGGAUAUAAAGAAGGACAGAAAAGCCCAAGGGCAGAGAGACCACCACUCCUCUAGUCCUAGGAAGAGCUCCAAGAGCGAACAUGAGCCUGCUGUGCCCGUGAAGAAACUGGAUGAGCCCCGGAGCCCCCGGCGUCCAGCUGGCCAACAGCCCAGGGUUGCCUCUGGAGAGGGGAAGGACUGGAGGUACAAGGAGGAGGAUGCAGCCCACUGGCAGGAGAGGGUGGCUGCAGAGAGUGGAGACAAAAGCUUGGGGACCAGCGAGCGCCACAGGAAGAGCGAAAGGGCUGAGCAAGAGGCAGCGGCUCAAACAUCCCAUUCAGAAAUGCACAGGGAGAGGGAUGCCGAUAGUGGCACCCUAAACCGGAAGCAUAGAAGAGAGAAGGGGGAUAAGGAAUCUCGGGCAAGCAAGAGCCAUGGGCCAACUGAAGAAGUGAACAGAAAGGAUCCCAGAGGGUCAAGCAGUAGCCUCCAGGACCCCAGCUGCAACGGGACCUCGACCAGUAAGAAGGCUCCCAUCACCCCUGGUCCAUGGAAAGUUCCCAGUUCUGCCAAGAUCCAGUCCCAGGUGGACACAACAUACGCAGAUGUCUGAUAUCCUCCCACGACUCUCUGCAUAGAUGAAGGAAAAGAUGAGCCCCUGAAGGAUGGACAUUAAGAAUGGAAGGAUCUUUGUUUUUUUAGCAAUCUCGGACAAAGCAGAUCACUGUGUAACCAGCAACAUAGCUUCUCAUUGCUUGGAUAUAUUUUUUUCACCCAGUUUGCCUCGGUCGGCCAGUUUGAAUCAAGGUGCUAAUGUCUGAUCAGACAUGCAUGCUUGCACCUUCCUGAGUAUUUGUGCCGCACGAUGACGUGCGGACAUGCGUGAAGCAGGUUGGUUCUGAGAGAGAUUUUUGGAUGCGACACUGAAGUCUAUUUUGUGCCAAUCAGAGACUCCGAUUCUGAAGAAGCUGCUCUGUAUUGCACUCACUGUGAGACUGUUUAUGGGAUAUGAGAGGAACUGCUUCCCUUUCUACCUGCCUACAUGAAGGAUCCUGCUUCUUUUUUUCUUCUCCUUCUAACUUUGAAGGUUGAAGACAUAUUCAUGCAUUCGCUUUUAUCCUUGGCAAAAUUGAUUCACUGUUCCCGUCACUAUUGGAUGUACUAGAAAGUGAGACGGUUGAGUUUCUCCCCAAAUCGGCUGCAAAGGAAGACAGUGUCUCCUACUGUCUGUUUUUUUUAAGAGUUGUGAACUGUAUUGCUGCACACGACAAGACUAUGAUCCCAUUAGCUUAUCAGAGGGUGGACAGACUAACCCUGAGCUUUAUAUGCAUCAAUCAGCAGACCAGAUACUUGUGGUUAUAGUUCUAAUGUGUGUUACAUGUGUGUUAAUAAUACAGCAUCAGUAAUUUAUUGAAAUUUGAUUUCAACAAAAACAAUGAGUACACAUAUCCAUGCUUACUCAUUUCACUUUUGAUGUGGACUUAAUGAUAGAAAUAGAAUGUGUAGAUAAGUAUCACCGUCUAAAAUACCACUAUGAAAUCUAUACAUUCUACUUCUGUGAUAUCAUGGUGUGGAAGUCGUCACUCAAGCCGGACUCAUAAUGUCGUCUACUGUUAGCAGUUCUGUAAUGUAAGUCCUCUGGCUGUGUGUGUGGGUACACAAGCUCACUGGUAGACCUGUAUAGUUUAGAUAUCGCUGUAAUAUUGACUUUACCUAAUCUGAAACAUAUAUUAUUUAACAAAGUGACUUCACAUAUUGACACAUAAUAUAGAUGAGUUGAGUUAACAGAGCUUGAUUAUAAGAAGUGGCAAGUUGGCCUUUGAUUUAAAAGAGAUUGUAUUUUUGAUCACAAAUAUAGGCACAAAAACAUAUCGUUUCUCCUAAACUCCUUAUCUAUUUUUGAUUAUUUUAUAUUUAGUACAUGACCCAUAAUGUGAGGGGGGGGGGAUGUAAAUAGUUGCUUAAUUGUUCAUCACUAACAACAUCAUGGUGGUCACGUUUGUGUUAUAGUGAAAGCCAGCCUCCCUCAGAAUGCAGUUCAUUCUCCACACAAGGAGGGAAAGUCUUCCCAAUGUGCUUCCCUGUGGUGGUUGCAAACGGUGCACAAUGUGAAAAUGGCUUGACUGCUUCUUUCGAGGGAUAAUUGAAUUUAAUCUAUGAAGUUUAUCAAAUUUAAUAAAAUCGGGAUUGAAGGCCCGGAUGAAUAAAAUAAAUAUAUAUACAGUAUAUUUUGUAAUUUAUUGGGAUCAGUUGUGCCCUCCUCCUCUGAAGAUAAAAUGUGUGUUGUUUAAAUGUUGCGACUGUGGAGUACAGAGACACCUAGUGGUUCAUAAAGUGUUAUUCAUAAACUCUUCAUUGCUUGAACCAUACCCUCCUCAGUCAGUUUAAGGAUGUACGUAAGUAACACAUACAUCUCUAGGUCUGUGAGACCACUUACUAAUUUAUUGUCCACUUUAUUGUUGACAUAAUGGGCUACUGUGUUAUUUACUGUUCAUGACAUUACCAUGUAUGAUACUGUGGCCUUGCAUUGCUCCAACAUAUAUAUAUAUAUAAAAAGAGUCUUUUAGUUUUGACAUCAUGGUAGUUGUAAAACUUUAUAAAUUGUACAGCACCUGUAUAAAUAUUUGCCUUCAUGCCGAAAAAAAGAUCCUCUGUAAAUCGUUUCAUUAUUUUUUUAAGGGAGCUGAGAGGUAAAGAUUAAAAAUGGGUGAAAAGUAAUAAUCUGGUCAUGGCAUUCUGUUCAUGCACUGAUAAAUAAAGGUUUACUGAAUACA